AUGCCUGGAUUCUCCCAAGCCAACGAGCUCCCGGCAUGGAAGGACCUGAUGGAGCACCACGACAAGCUGGGUCGUGGCAUGGUCCUGAAGAACGAAUUCGAAAACGACCCCGAGCGCUUCGAGAAGUUCAGCCACAGCUUCAAGAAUGAGGCCGACGGCUCCGACAUUCUCUUCGACUUCAGCAAGAACUUCAUCACCCAGGAGACUCUGCCAAAGCUCGUGAAGCUGGCGCAGGAGGCGAAGCUGGAAGAGCUGCGCGAGGACAUGUUCAAAGGUGAGAAGAUCAACUUUACCGAGAAGCGUGCAGUCUACCACGUUGCUCUGCGCAAUGUGAAGAACGAGCCUAUGCAGGUCGACGGUAAGAGCGUGGUGGAGGAGGUCAAUGGCGUUUUGGAGCACAUGAAGGAGUUCAGCGAGCAGGUACGCAGCGGGGAGUGGAAGGGCUACUCAGGCAAGCCAAUCGACACGAUCAUCAACAUCGGUAUUGGUGGUUCGGAUCUGGGUCCAGUUAUGGUCACCGAGGCUCUCAAGCCGUACGGCAAGCCAGGGUGGAAGCUGCACUUCGUCAGCAACAUCGAUGGUACUCACAUGGCAGAAGCACUCAAGGACAGCAACCCGGAGACCACCCUCUUCUUGGUCGCAUCCAAGACCUUCACCACGGCCGAGACCGUCACCAACGCCAACUCGGCGAAGAAGUGGUUCCUCCAGUCCGGCAAGGAGAGCGAUAUCGCGAAGCACUUUGUCGCUCUGUCUACCAACACAAAGGAGGUGGAGAAGUUCGGCAUUGACAGCAAGAACAUGUUCGGCUUCAGCGACUGGGUUGGUGGUCGUUACUCGGUCUGGUCGGCUAUUGGCCUCUCCGUCGCCCUCUACAUCGGCUUCGACAACUUCCACCAAUUCCUGGCGGGUGCUCAGGCCAUGGACCACCACUUCCGGACUGCACCUCUUGAGAAGAACAUUCCCGUCAUUGGUGGUCUGCUGAGCGUGUGGUACUCCGACUUCUUCGGUGCUCAGACUCACCUCGUCGCUCCGUACGUAUAGCCUACUUAUUCAUCGGCCGUGUAUGCUGAUAGUGACGCAGAUUUGACCAGUACAUGCACCGCUUCCCAGCCUACCUGCAACAGCUGUCCAUGGAAUCCAACGGCAAGGCCAUCACUCGCAGCGGCGACUACGUGAAGUACACCACCGGAGCCAUCCUCUUCGGCGAGCCUGCCACGAACGCCCAGCACUCUUUCUUCCAGCUUCUGCACCAGGGCACCAAGCUCAUUCCCACCGACUUCAUUCUCGCCGCCAAGUCGCACAACCCCAUCGAGAACAACAAGCACCAGAUCAUGCUUGCCUCCAACUACUUCGCCCAAGCUGAAGCUCUCAUGAUCGGCAAGACACCCGACACCGUCAAGGCCGAGGGCGCCAGCGAAGAGCUCAUCCCACACAAGGUCUUCCUUGGCAACCGCCCAACCACCAGCAUCCUCGCAGAGAAGAUCACCCCGGGAACUCUCGGUGCCCUGAUUGCUUACUACGAGCACGUCACGUUUACUGAAGGCGCGAUCUGGAACAUCAACUCUUUCGACCAGUGGGGCGUGGAGCUUGGUAAGGCUUUGGCGAAGAGCAUCCAGGCUGAGCUGGAGGCUAGCGGCAAGAGCACGAAGCACGACAGCAGUACGAGCGGGCUCAUCAACGCGUUCAAGGAGAAGGCAGGAAUUCCGUGA